CAAUGUGGGUCACAUGACAUGCAUGAUGCAAACUCUGUGAGAAUGAGCAUGUUGGCGGCAUGUGUGACACACUUUCCAAUAAUCCAAGGAAUAGCUCAGCUGGCAAAGAGCCAAGCCGUCCCAGGCUCAAAAACUAACUAGGCCUCAUCUAAAUGUAGGUUACGUCAAACUUGUAGGAUAGCAGGUAGGAGCUGGAGGAAGCACUGAGAUUUUAGGACAGAUUUCUGGCUGGAUUUGUACUCUUGGACACUGCCAGUGGAGAUGAGGAAAGUGUGUAUUGAUGAGGAUGGAGUGAGAUGGACCAGUUCCCUCAGCAGCUUCUGUAGUGGGACCAUGUAACACACGAUGCUUGAAGGCUGAGGUUGGAGGGGGAGGGAGCAGCACUGGCCUACUUCAGGUGGCGGUUGUCUUUUUCUGUCACAGAUUGAAAUGAUUUUCCUUGAUUGCCCUCCAAGUCAACAGAUGGCUUGUGAAAAUUUGAGUGACAGAAGACACCCACCAGCUGAAGGCAGCGGUAUGCAGGACGAAUGGAUUUGGUUGGAGCUUUGCCACAGAUCUUUUUAUCAAACAACUGAGAUUUGCUGAAAUGAAGAUGGCCUUCAGUACGUCUGCAUCCAGCGGGAUUCGCGAGGGGAUGCUGCUUGGGCUUGGAAACCCUCUAUUGGACAUUUCCAUCCAGGGAGACAAGUCAUUCCUCGACAAGUAUGACCUCCUUCCAAACAACGCCAUCAUUGCAGAGGACAAGCACCACAACAUGUUCGCCGAGAUGACUGACAAGUACAGCCCAAGCUACUUGGCAGGGGGGGCAACACAGAACAGCAUCCGGGUUGCCCAAUGGUUGCUGGAGAAACCAGAUGCAACGACAUUUUUCGGAGGGGUUGGUGCUGAUCAGUUCUGCAAGAUCCAGGAGGAGAAAGCGAGGGAGGUGGGAGUCCAUGUCUGUUACCAGGUCCACCAGGGGAUGAAGACAGGCGUCUGUGGAGCCAUCAUCACAGGAGAAAAUAGGUCAUUGGUUACAGAGCUUGGUGCGGCAGAAAUGUUUUCACUAGAUUAUUUAGAACUACCUGAAAAUUGGAAAUUUGUUGAAAAAGCUCAAUUUUACUACAUCGGUGGGUUCCUGUUACCAGUGAGUCCUGCCUCUGUGCUGAAGGUUCUGAAGCAUGCAGCUGACAAGAAGAAAACAGUCAUCAUGAAUCUACAUGCCACAUUUCUGUGCAAAUAUUUCACUGAUGCUGAUCUGGAUGUUAUGCCAUAUGUUGAUGUUCUCUUUGGAAAUGGUGACGAAGCUGCUGAAUUCUCCAAACAUGCAGGAUUCGGGACAUCAAGUGUUGAAGAAAUAGCAUCCAAGACCGCAGCUCUGCCAAAGAUCAAUUCGUCACGCUGUCGCACAGUGGUCUACACCCAAGGGAGGGACCCCACCUACCUUGCUCACGAUGGGAAGGUCUCGGUAUAUCCAGUCAAGCCAGUAGACCCAAGUGUCAUCAAGGACACAAAUGGAUGUGGAGAUUCAUUUGUGGGGGGCUUCUUGUCUCAACUUGUCCAGGGUAGAUCCAUUGAUGAGUGUGUCCGAUGUGGGUCCUAUGCAGCCAAAGCCGUCAUUCAGCAUUAUGGGUGCACCUUCCCUCCCAAGCCAGACUUCAAGUGAACAGUCGUCUUGUGCCAGUCAACCACUUCUCCACCAAGUUCAUACACAAACAACUUCCUCUGCCUGGUGUUUGUCAAGGAAAGAACAAUUAUCUAAUAAUGUUUCAAAGAAGAUAAAUUUGAGUUAUUUUCAACAAAUAUCAAAUCUGGUGACAUGAAAUUUUUGGGAGUUAUUUUGUCGAAAACAGAAUUGAUGCAAAUGUAGAUUAAAUUCAUUGAAUGUUACACAUUCUCUCAAUGAACUAAUAGCAAUGCUGUGAGUAUGAACUAGGUCAGAUGUCAACGAAUCUCAGUGUUUUUUCCAGUUCCAUCUGUGUGAUAUAUUUCUGAUUUCAUUUUAUUUGUGAUACACCAAUUAAUAUUUAUACAGUCUUUUUGUCAUGACAAUCUAUUUUUACAUCUUCCUUUGUGAGGAACCCCUGUUUAUAAAGGGAUACCUAGAUCAGGUUUAUACCAAAUGAACAUAAGGUUCGACCAUAGUGGCACCACGCAUCACUACACAGCCUAAGUGAUCAAGUAUGGACAGUUAUUCUAAGGUUGAAAAUACGAUAUUCAAAACCUCCCUUCUUUCCUUGAUCACAGUGAUAUUAUUUUUGCAUAACAUGUAUUAAUGAAAUGUGAAUAGAAUCCAGGCAAUUAAUUGUUUACUUGGUUUCAAGUCUGCUUACUCAAAAUUUCGUAAAUGCUGAAUAAGAUAUAAACAAAAAUAUCCUUUUUAAUCUCUUUUUUUCAUACUGCAAAGUCUGUUAAAUAAGAUGAGUGGGGGGAAAAGUAACUGUUGAUUUGUUGUUCUAAAAUAAUGUUUGUUUUUAAUUUCACUUGGACAACAAUACUUCAAAUCAAAUAAAUAUCAUUUGAAGAAAAUAAGUAUAAAAUAUAAUUUAACCAGUGAUCUGCACUUCUGUAAACCAAGUAACUGUUAUUAAAAAUAGGUCUCAGUUUUUGGUUAGAUCUUUAAUAUUAACCUGAUUUAUUUUAUUCAUACAUAAUUGAACUGAAAAAUGCCACACUUUUCUUACUGUGAAGACGUUUUGUAAAAUUGUUAUGUGACACUUAUCUUAUCGCAAUCAGGUUUCAUUCAUUGCAUUUUUUUUAGCCACAUUUGUUAUUGUUUAAAUAGGAAUAUUAGUCAAAUAUUUAGUCUUGAAUCAAAGUGCCAUAUUGCUGUAUUAUAUGCGUAAUGAUAAUAGUGCUAUAUUUUUUAAGGUAUGGGAUAUGAAUGGGAAAUAUUGGGUGAAUAUGAAUUAUUACAUUUGAUAUGAUCAAUUUUCUUAACAAAAACAAUACGCACAAGACCACCAGCUGUUUCCAUCCACUGUCAACUACACUCAUGCUGAUUCUCCUCCGAUAGAUUACUUCAUGCUUUCAUCAAUUCCUCAUCCGCAUCAAUUAUUACCGAUGUAAGUUUCUUUAUUUGGUUCCUUAAUAACUGAAAGAGCAAGGUUUUUCUGUCAACAGCUGGGUCAUAAACUGUAUGUAAAGGGCAUUACUUAUUGUCUUCAUGGGAAUGAGGAAAUUAGUGUAUGUUUGGGGAAUUGAUGAAUAUUUUGAUUUUAUUUGUAGUUAUGUAUAUAUAGUCAUGAUAAAUGAAAUACUUAUAGAGGAAUAUUACAUCUUAAUCAUAGGAAUAGAGAAAAAAGUCUUUUGGAAGUGUUCAUGAACGACAAUCUAAGAAAUAAUUAAAUGUGUUGAAUUAAUUAUUUGAUUCUCUUUAUAUUUAUAUUGGGGAAAAAACUAAAAUUGUUUCUGUUGUCUUUUAAUUAUAUUAUGUGAUUAAUGAGGAGUCUUCUCCAUACAGACAAUGUCUGUGUCUUUGGCUGCUACUAAGCUAGUCUUAAGCACAAAGUCGAGUCAAAUGUAUUUUGGUUAAUUAAGAUAAUAUACUCAAUUCCUCCUAUAGAAAUGCACACCCUAAAGUAUGAAAUGUCCGAAAAAGGAAAAGGUAAUAUGUAUACCUUUUCUUUUCCGGACAUUUAAUAUUUUAGGGGGGAAUUUUUGGAAUUGAGUAUAAAAUAAAAUAUAAAUAAUAAUAAGACAAGUAAGAACCUUUGAUGACAAGGCGUAUUUUCUUGAACAUUUCCCAAGAUUUGAUAUUCUCAGACAUAUUCCCAGGUUGUGACUCAGAAAUGGCAGUGUGUAUAAGAUUUUGUUUGGGAUUUGGAUUUCGUGACUGAAUUUGGGAUUUUGGAUUUGCUGGAUGUGUAUUACGAAUUGACUUGUUUGUGUGUGUUGUAGACCAUUGCAGAGUUAUCUUGGUAGAAGAUCAAGUUUCAUUGUGCAUUAAGCUGACAUCAAAGAGUCGCCAUGGCCACAGGUGGAUAUAUUCAAUGUCAUCCCUUCUAACAGAAUCAUGUUAUUUUUGCACUCUAUCUCCAACAUACACCCUGGUCACAAAAGCUUGCUUAUCUUUUCAUUUUUGUAAAAUUACUGAAGUAUAGACACUCCUUUUGCAGCCUUAUUUGGAAAGAAAUAUGAUGAUGUUUUACUAUAUAAGCAUGAAUGAGGGGGAACGUUCUCAAGCUGUACAUUAGUUGUCAGAAUCUGGUACGAGUGGUUGAUGGGCAGGUGUUUGAUCAAGAAUUUGAUUUGGUUAAAUUUUAGUUUAAAAGCCAUGAAGUUGUGUACACAAGUUUUGGUGCAAGAUACUUGAAAGAGCGAAUAUUUAUCAGAUGUGUGUUGUUUGUAGUUUAUAUUUUGAGUUGAAUUAGCAUUUUUGAAUUAUUUGAUAACUUUCUGAAAGUUGAUAGGACAGAACAAAUUUUGAUUUUAUUAUAUCUUGCGCUUCAAAUUCUGAAAUUCUGAAAAUAACUAUGUGCACUAAUCAUUUUUAUUUCUUACAUUAAGUUUAACAAUAAGUUCAGUUUUGGUUUUGCUUUCAUGAAAAUUUCAGUUCAUAUUUUUGGGGGGAAAUCUGGAUUAAUAUCUAACACUGGUGUACCUGUAUAAAGAAUGAGCUGCAUGCUAUUUUGAGAACGGUAUGAUUGUAAAUAGUGUACAGUGACAUGGUCAUCCCUAGCCUUAAUGUAUGCCAUCUUUUGUUGUUCCCGUCUGGUGGAAAGUGUGUGAUAUUUUGAGUUGGGCAUUACGGAGAUGUGAUAAAAGCAAAGCCAUCAUGGUCCAAAGCAAAGGUCAGGGACUGAAACUGAAGAAGGUGUGAAGUGAUAAAUAUUACAUGUUUAUGAAAUUGAUCAACUUUACUUACAUAAUCUGUUCGAGGUUGAUAAAGAUUUAGAAUUUACAUGAUUUAAGAAAGCAUAAUUUCUUUUUCAGAAACCAAAUCAAACGGGAAAUAAAUUUAUUUGUGUGCUUUUUCUCUGCAACAAAAUUACAUUACCAGUAAGUGAAAGGGAGCAACAUAUUGUGAUAUGUAACAAAAUUAGCUACCUUAAGACUUGAUUGUAAAACCUAAAGAGCUACACCAAAGGGAGACAACUGUGAUGGUCCUUUGCCUAGCAUUCUACUCCAAACAGCUCCCCAGGCAGCAGAUGUACAGGCUAUUUUGUAAGGUUAACUCAGUGGUUCAAUAGCACAGGGCAGAUGGAGAAUAUUGCACAUUUCUCAUGAAGCACAUUGUUAAACACAAGAUGCAGUUUUAUGUUACAUUUAGUCCUAGAAAAGUCAACCAAAAACCUUGAUCUGUGCUUCUUUGCAAUCUUGGUCAAAAUGCCAACUCUGUCGUGAAUAUUUCAAUUUUAAGACCAGCUAACAAUAUUUUGCAAGUAUUGAUUGUGUGAUGCAGGUUGUAGGUUUUCACAGGUAUAAUACUGACAGGGCAUCUUUCCAUAAAGCAACAACUAUCAUAAAUCAGUGUAAGGAUUUGUUUUUUGGUAAGCGAUCACAAGGAUACGAAUAUCAUAGGGAUGGAUACAUUAACAUAAUUCUUUGUAAAUGCAUGGAAUUUAUGACAGUCAGAGCACUUGGUUUCCUUCCGGCAACAAUGGGACCAUGGCUAUAUAAAUAUUGCAUUGAAGCCAUAUCCCACAAUGUUUUCUUGUAUGGGAGCUGUGACAUAAAAACUUGUUUUGGUGAAAGAAAAUUGAUGUUCCCCAUCACUGCGUUUGUUGACAGCAAUUUGCUGGCUUUUUCCUGUAAUGGUGAGAUGUGCAUUAUCCUCGCAUUACCAUGCUUGACUGUGUUUGAGAUGUAGGUGUGCAACAAGGAUGCAUACUUGCUCUAUGGCUAUUUCAAUGAGAUAUUAUGAUUUUAUGGUUUUCUACUAGUAGUCACUGUUUCGUAGUUCAUGUAGUAGGAUACUCUUGAUAAUAUAAAAAAUAUUUUCACUGGGUCAAUAAAAGUAGGUUGUUACGUCAAAUUUCACCUAUGACAAAGCGAUGCAAACAAAUUUCAAGCACUUGAAUUAUAUUAUGUGUUUUCAGAAAAUGAAGACUUUAUUACAAUAUCGGUUGUCAAAACAUGAUACCAACCAAAACUAUUUUUCAGUUUCAACAGAAAAAACAGAUGUUUUGAUAUAAAUUUCUAUUUAUCAUUGUGAAUUUUGUGUCUCACAGAAUCAUAAUUUCUCAAUGGAUAUGUUCUACUUAUGACAAUCAUUCAUGUGUAAGUACUGUACCAGCAAGUGUUACUAUAGUAUAUGUGGAUUAGAACAGUUUCCUCAAUGGUAUGGACAAGACAGUGAUUUGUACUGAGUACAGUAGCCAGCUUGUUUAUCUGUAUAUGGAGUGUCAAUUUACUUAUUUAGAUGUGGUAGUCCUAUUACUGGCAUAUUAUAUAACACUAGCUGCUAGUCAUCAAGUGUGAUUGAUGCUGAUUCUUGUUUCAACUGAUUAAGGUUUUAAUCCUGUUCCAGAAAGGUAUUUAAGGGCUGUUUCUGGUGGCGAGUAGCAUGUUUAACACUAACACAGCUUUGUGGAAUUGGACCCUGGGCCCUGGGCCAUAAGGCGACCCUAGUGCUACGAUUAUUGUAAGACUUUGUUAAAGUAUGGAAGUUACGAUUGUCUUAGCGCUAAAAUUGCAUUGUGGAACUGGGUCCCAGACCUGGGCCUACUUGCACAAAGCGAUCUUAGCGCUAAGAUGACCGUAAGUCCCAUACUUUAACAUAGGCUUACGAUAGUCUUAUCGCUAAGAUCACUUUGUGCAAGUGGGCCCCGUUUGACAUUAUAAUCUUAGCGCUUUGACUGUCCUAAAUCUGUGGAAGAGAAUAAAAGUUGUGACAGUUGUAGCGCUGAAAUCGCUUUAUUGACCUGGAUCAAAAACCCACUUUCAAAAAGUGAUCUUAGGAUUACGACUAUUGUAAGUCUGUGUUAAGGCAUAGUUGUGACUGCCGUAGUGCUUGAGACUGUUGUGGAACAGGAACCUUACGUAAUUCCGAUCAAGAAAUCAGUUUCAUUUAUUAACUUCAUUGAUGAUGCUAUUUUCCAAAAAGCUAUCUCUAUAAAGUGAAUAUUCAACACCCAUUUGUUCAGCACAAAUGUAAUUCAAAAAGGAAUCGUUGUCCAUUUAUUUCAUAUCAGGUGAUGAUAAGCAGUUUGUUACUGCUUGGAAAAGGAAAUUGAUAUUACUCAAAUCUAUGCACUUCAUUGUAACAUAGCACAACAUCAUGUGUCACUCUAACCACCAUGUUAGUCCACCUGUAGAACUCCUCCCAUCAGAGGCAAACUCAUAACUUCUUAGGCCCCCUCCCCCCAAAGUGUUGUUUCUGGUAUUUGGGCUUUGGUUUGAUGCGAAGACAGUUGUUUUUACAGCUUUUUUUUUUACAAGCUUAUUUGCAUAACAUUAACAAUCUUUGUAUUCUGGUGGAAAAAGGUAGUUGUCGCCUAUACCUAUAUGCCCUUUUUGCAUCGAUUAAUACAGUAAUGUCAAAUCUAAACUGCAAUCGACAAGCUCAAAAGGCCUUAUAAUCUUGCCCCCUGUACAGACACAAACGCCAUCGUGUGUCAUGUGCAUUUGGUACUUCCAUUUUUGAGAGUUACCCGCCCUUGGUUAAAAGUCCAGAAAAUAAAGCCUGACGAGUUGUGUGGAAAUGGCGGAGACCAGAAACAAGAUACUUUUGUGGAGGGGCCUUAGCUUCAUUGUCAAUAUCUCAGGAUGGGUUAGUGUAUUGUUUAUGCAUUGUAUUAUUUCUUGUAACUUGCGAAGACCCUGGUUCCUGGAUGUUGCAUCCAGGCCCGGACUCAGAGGAUGAAAUAUCCCGGUUGUACAGAUAACACCAUCUUAAGGUGGACGUUUUUUCAAGCAUUUAUCAUUGACUUAUACUUACUGACAUAUGAGUGUGUCAGUUUCAUAUCAGAUGCUGUGGCAUCUUGGCAUUCAUGCAGGGAUAUUCAUGGUUUCUGUAAAUAUGCUUUUGGAUGUACGGUUAUUUAUUUUCUCUGUCAAAAUGUACAGAAAGCAAGUGUGUUGGUUGUGGAAUCUUACCAAAGUCGUGGUUGAGGGUGAUGGUUGAUUGGACGACCAAGACCUGAUGAGUUAGGUGGCGAUGCGAAGAAUAUAGAAUGGCUUUGAGAAUGCUUUCUCUUCUACCAUGCAGUACAUGGAUUGUGAGUUAUGUUUCAUUCACCAAUCUGACUGUGUCUCCACAAGGUGGAAAUGUUUGUUUAUGGAACAUGUUAAAUUUUAGCAUCUCUGUUUCCAACUGGACAUUUGUCAGGUACAGGGAUAUUCAUUAACUGAGGGAGGAUGUGGUUUGGAGUCAUGUCAAGCAAGAACAUAUUGAGUUACUCACAUUGGGUAGCUGUUGUGUUCCCUCCACUAUGGAGAACAAGAGACUGGGUGUGUUUUGCUCAGGAGAAUGGUAGUAUUGUAUAUUCAUGUAAGUUAAAAAAUAUGCCAGAUGUGUAUAAAAUGUAUUCUUUUGCAAUAUAUGAUAUAAUACGCAUUCUGCUGAUAUACUUGUUUCCUCAAUAAUUGCUGUUAUUUUCAAUGUUUUUCUUUUUAAAUUAUUUUUCACACUUUCAUUUUGAUGAUCUCAAUCAAAUAAUGAAUUCUUAACAAUUUGUGAAUAAUGUAAAAUUAAAGAUUUUAUGAUUAUAAUAUUGUCAUGAUUACAAUAAUGAAGCUGUUUGUUGUGACAAAAUAUAUUGUGUAAACUUCCCACAACUAACAUUGAUUAAUCAUGUCAAUCCUUUAAACAGAUUUCUGUUUAAUUUCCUGUCUUUACUGUUCAUGUAAAUAAAUGUGCCGUUUGUGUUUAUUUUGUUCAAUUGUGCACUGAAGUGUUCCCUCUGUAGCAUUUAUUUAUUCAAGCACUGUUUCUGUUUGUGUCAUGAUUGUCAUGAUUAGUGCGUCCUGUCAAAUAUAGUGCAAAAAGUUGGUCUUCAAUCAUUCACUCUAGAAAUCUAAUGAAGAAAUGUCAAGGGUGAGUUCCAAGUUAUCUGUUAUAUAUGUAUCUGUGAUAUCGAUUCUGUCACUGUUACAUCCUUUGGUUAUUAGUAUUGUGGCAUGACUGUAAACAUACCUGCAGUCAGGUAAACCAGACUGUUGUCAAAGCCAUGGUUUGCUUGUCCAUAGUGAAACACUGUGACUCACAUUGGAGUGGACGGUCCUGCUUUUGCCCACUUCAGGCUGGUUGAGUGGUAGGGUAGCCAAGUAGUUCAAUCAAGUUUGAUUCCCUGAUUGGUAUAUUUGUGUAGGGCCUUAAAUAAAUAUUUCUGUGGUUCUGAUAACACGAAAUUUUACAAAAUGGGUAGGAAGGCAGUGUUUGGAAUAUAUUUUUAUGUACACUCUGUGCUCUGUAAGGAAUAGUUCGUACCUCACGGUAUUCAGAACCACUUCAUGUAGGCCUAGCCCACUGUACUGGCAGGACACUGAUGCAGUUGCUGGAACAAUGGUACUCGCUUGUCGUAAGUUGGUUUGCCAGUAACUCUUUAGCCAGUAUACAUGUUCAUAAAGGAAUUCUGUUGUUGACUCCAGCUUUAAGCAACAAUCGAUUCACAUUUGAGGGUCAGCUAAAAAGCUUUACUAGCCCAGGUAAAGAUAAAAUGCCAUUGUAAUGUUAAAACAAUGGGGAAAUUGGGAGAUUUGUACAAGCCCGCAGGAAUUUGUAUCACCUCCUGGCGAGCGAGCUGGUGUUAUGUUCUAAGCCUGAUUUUGCUGUUGGUCUUUUAAUGUUGUUGAAAGCUGUGUUCUGUCCUGACACUUCGGUCUGUGAGCCUGUUAGACGAAGUUGGAAUACUUGCCUGAUAAGAACAGAUUUGAAUUUUCCAGUGAAGUAAAUCUUUAUGUCCAUUGUUAAGAAGCCACUGUGGUGAGCUGAUUCUGAAGUCAGGAGGAGCUGGUGUAUUCCAGAUGCUAAUUGUUAACUUGCAUGAUGCUGCUUUUGUUAGCUUGUAAUUUAUGGACAUGUGUAGGACUGUUUGGUUGAAUAAACAUACCUGACCAA